AUGGCCUCCAAAGUCUUCAUCGUGACUGGUGCUAGCCGAGGUCUGGGACUCGCCGUGGCCCAAGCCCUGCUGCUAGACUCACACAAGGUGUUCCUCGUGGCGAGGACCGAGAAUGACCUGCAGACGUUGAAGUCUGAGCACCCAUCGGCUGUCGACUUCAUGGCUGCAGAUCUGGCAGAUCUGAAAAUUGCGCCCAAGGUAGCCAAUGCUGCUCUCAAAGCCUUUGGCAAGAUCGACGGCAUUGUCGUCAAUCAUGGCACAUUAUCACCUAUCAGCAAGAUAUGCGAUUCAGACGCUGAAGAAUGGAGGCGCGCCUAUGACAUCAAUGUCUUCAGCGCCGUAGCUCUUAUCAAAGAAGCUAUCCCAGAACUACGGAAAUCCAAAGGGCGGGUGGUUUUCGUUUCAUCCGGUGCAGCAUCCGGCGCAUACGCGGGCUGGGGAUCUUACGGUACCUCCAAAGCGGCGCUUCAACACUUAUGUGCCCACCUGGCUGUGGAAGAACCUUCCAUCACAAGCGUUGCAGUAUCCCCCGGCAAGGUGGACACCGUGAUGCAGAAACAGAUCAGAGAUGAGGGCAAAACGGGCAUGUCAGCAGAAGUGCACGCCAGCUUCGUCGACGAACAUGAGAGCGGUCGUCUCCUCAGCCCCGACAAACCAGGCAACGUGAUCGCAAAGCUCGCCAUAGGCGCAACAGGUGCCCUGAGUGGCAAACACUACAGAUGGAACGCAACGGAUCUUGCUGAAUUCCAGUGA